UCCAAAAAUUAAUCAGCAGAGCAGGCCGAAUUCUUCGAAGAGAGCGAGAUGGACGUGAAACAAGCAGGGUCAUCUCUAGACUCUUUGAUUUCCUCAUUCAACACUCGAAUAUCAGAGCUCCAGCAAUUCGUAAUUGCUCGCAACAUGUAUCCAGCAAGCAGUGUCAGUGAUUUAUCGGAAAUCGACUCCGCAGUGAAGGGAAUGGAGAUCCAGGUCCAAAAAAUCCGAGAUAGAUUGCGAGAAGAAACUCAAGCAAUUCCAAAAGCUAAAAAGUUAAUUGAGGCAGCAUUGGGGCAACAAAAGAGAUUGAAGAGUAUGUCUGCAUGUGUCCCAUCCUGUUUGCCAGAAAUAGCAACCGGCGUGAUUCAGGAUACAAGUAAACGCGUGCAACCAGGAACGCCUAAGAGGGAUCUUGUGACUGAAUCUUUGAACCAUGAGGAGCCUGCACCCCGGGUAAAGAACUUUCUCAUAUUAUCUGGCUUCUCUUCCUGCAUUGCCCUUGAGACAUUUUUGUAUGUGCGGCCUUUGCCAUUUGCCUAAGGAAAAAGGAUCGAA